GUCACGUGACCAACCCAUGCCACGUGACGUCAGCGGCAGAUGGCAUGGGUACCAGCUCUGGCAGUUGGCAUCAGUGUCAUUUCUCUUAGCGCGAGACAAGGCGAACAGUGGGGAGGUGAGAAAAACGCACGAGCUGUUCACCUGCUAAAACGCCACGCGGAGAAAAAAAAGUUCAAAAUAGGAAAUAUGAAAACUGUCAUCUGACACCAUCAUAAUCCAGUAAGAGCACAAUGCUGACUCUUCCGUUUGAGGAUCCCGUCAUAAUGGACACUCAAUUCGGGGCAAACUUUCCACGGGACUGCGUGGGUGAAAUGAAGGUCAAUAAACAAGAGCCAUUUAAAAAGGAGGAGACGCUCUCCCACGCGAUGGAGGACGAGGAUUUGGAGAAGGAUGAGGACGAGCGGGAGGACGGACAGGACGAGAACGGGCUGCCUCGGAGGAGAGGGCCUCGGAAAAAGAAAAUGACCAAAGCCAGGGUGGACCGGGUCAAGAUGAGGCGCAUGGAGGCCAACGCCAGGGAGCGGAACCGAAUGCACGGUCUGAACAACGCCCUGGACAGCCUGCGCAAGGUGGUGCCGUGCUACUCGAAAACUCAGAAACUGUCAAAAAUCGAAACCCUACGACUGGCCAAGAACUACAUCUGGGCGCUUUCUGAGAUCCUGAGCACUGGGAAGAGGCCUGACCUCUUGACCUUCGUUCAGACCCUGUGCAAAGGGCUCUCGCAGCCCACUACCAACCUAGUUGCCGGAUGUCUGCAGCUGAACGCGAGGAACUUCAUCACGGAUCAGAUCAACAGCGAGGCGUCGUUCUCCGGUAGGUCGCCGUAUGAGUCCGUGUACACGACCUACCACAGUCCGGGUGUGGUGACGCCCUCGGGACCCUCGGUAGAUACCGUCAAACCCUUCAGGCCGUUCAACUACUGCAGCUCCUAUGAGUCUUUCUACGAAAGCGUCUCGCCGGAAUGCGGAAGCCCGCAGUUCGACGGUCCCUUAAGCCCUCCUAUUAACUUUAACGGGAUCUUUUCCCUCAAGCACGAAGAGCCGGUCGAAUACGGCAAGAGCUGCCACUACAGUACGCGCUAUUGCGCCGUGCCGCCGCGCUCCUCCAUCAGCCAGAGCGCAAGAGGCUCGUCGGAUCUCCAUUUCCCAUAUGACAUUCACCUCCGCGGCCAGUUUUACCCGGUGCAAGACGAAUUAAACACUUUUCAUAAUUAACGAGAGAAAAUCAAACGUGAGUGAAAAGGACUGAAAAUGCAGGACUUUAAACCGCACAUGUAUUAUUUAUAAAGUCUGAUUUGGGUUUCGAGCCAUCGGAUGUUUUAUUAUUUAUCCUUUUUAAUUAAAUGGAAAAUGUGCUUACAGUGUUGCUAAUUAUUGUUUGAACUAAUUUCGACAAACGUGUGGUCUGAUGGAAAAACCACAAAAAUCCACAAACAAUAACAAGUUUCUCGUUUAUUUUCUCUUUAAUUUAAUGGCCUGAGUGAGUAUUUAUAGAUCUAAAAUCUGUCAGUAAAAGCCUCUUUUAAAUUAUAAGAUCAUUCAAAUAUUUGCGAUGAGAAUUCAGUAAAAUAGCAGAGCAAUAAUUGCUAAGGGUGCUAUGCAAUACACAAGUCUAUAAUUCUCGGUCUGGCCUUUUAUUUAUCCAUUUAAUUUGUCUAAACAAAGUUCGCACAAAUACUGGUGUUAAAAAGACUUAAUAGUUCAUUUUUUUAAUACAUAAAUGCGUUUAUUCGUUUAUGAAAGUUAAAACGUAAGAACAUGAAUUGUAUUUAUUUCAUCUGAAUCAAAAAAAUGUAAUUAUCGAAAGUUCCGUGAUGUUUUACACAGGGCACUAUUUAAAUGUUGUUCAAUAAAUGUAUUCAACGAUUGGCUAUUAUUAUUAU